AUGGAGAAUUCUUGCUGGCUCUUAGGUGAUGGGAGAUCUAUCAGAUGGAAUCUGCCCCCUCAUUUCUCAUCAGCCUUCCCUAAGAUAAGGAGUCUUGUGAACAAUGAAAUCAUCCCAAUUUCUCCUCAGAAUGAUGAAUUAGUUUGGAAAGAAACUACAAAUGGGCAAUUAUCUCUUAAAGAUACAUAUAUUUUCAAAGCUAACAGCUUUCAGGAGCUUCAUUGGGCUAAAUCCAUCUGGUCUCUAUACAUCCCUCCAUCUAAAUCUCUUUUAGUCUGGAGAUUCAUGCAUGAUAAAAUCCUUGUUGAUGAAAAACUUAAGGAAAGAGGUCUCUUAAUUCCAUCAAUGUGCAGCAGCUGCAGACAUCAAGAGGAAUCAACUUUUCAUCUCUUCUUCACUUGCGCUUUUGCUACUCAUUUGUGGAGAUGGUUUGCUUCUGUCCUUAAUUUGUCUCUUUCCUUCCCAACUGUUGAUGAUCUAUGGAAAGAUUGUGAUAAGGGAUGGUCCCCUCAAUGCAAGCUUACUAUUCAGGCAACCAUUAUCUAUAUCUUAAAUGCAAUUUGGUGUUCUAGAAACAAUGCAAGAUUUAACAACAAAAACACUCAUCGGAAGUUUGCAGUUUCCCAAAUUAUUUCAAGUGUUUCUUUGUCUGCUAACCUGUCAAGGCUAUCAGCUAGCUCUUCUAUUACAGAAUUUUUAAUCAUGAAAUUUCUCAAUGUCAGCAUUCAUCCUCCAAGGAGUCUUACUGUCAAGGAGGUUAUCUGGCACCCUCCUAUUUAG